GAGUACAAUGCUAUAUAUGUCAUGAUUAUAUAUUUGGAAUUGGCCGACAAGGGUACAGGUGUGCGGAUUGCCGAUUGUGUGUACACAAGAAAUGCCAUCGUCUUGUCAGAACUGCUUGCGACUCCUACGCAGAUUAUUCCUACGCAACCUAACGCCGCAGCACUUGUGACCGGCACAUAUCAGCCUCCCCAGAAUGGUGGGGAAAAAACCUCAUUUCAUGGACUUGACAACGGCGCUUUCCAGGAGGCCGAAGUAGAUUCCACCCAUCAGGCAGCUUGCGCCGUGACUGGACCUCAAGAUGGCAUUGUCUCAAGCAAAUGGUCAGUUUCGUUGAGUGACUUUCGCCUAUUGACUGUCAUUGGACGUGGAUCAUAUGCAAAGGUAGUACAAGCAGAGCACAUCAAAACAAAGCAGAUUUAUGCGAUAAAAAUCAUCAAAAAGCAAAUGUUCAACGAGGAUGAGGACAUUGAUUGGGUGCAAACUGAAAAGUCUGUGUUUGAAGCUGCCUCAAAUUACCCUUUCCUUGUCGGCCUUCAUUCGUGCUUUCAGACCGAGUCCAGACUUUUCUUUGUUAUUGAGUUCGUACCUGGAGGAGAUCUCAUGUUUCAUAUGCAGCGUCAGCGUAAACUCCCUGAAGAUCAUGCAAGGUUUUAUCAGUUAAUUUUCUUAUCUUUAUUGUCACAAAAUAUUGAGUUAGCCAAGUUGUUGGUCGUUUUCAACUUCGAUUUGAUAUUUGAUUUGGUUCUGCUUGGGACAUAA